AUGAUCCGGCUUCAUGGUGGUAUAGGUUUCCAGUCACAGGCUGCUCGGGCUAUGGUCUACUAUCAUUGGGCUGCAAGUCAAGGCAAGAUGCCAGCAGCAUUCAUCGUAGCUUCUCGAGAUCUUCCACAAGGACGGUGGGGCAACUCUAUGGGCAGGGUACGUCGCGUGGAGGAUAUUGUGACACAAGACUUGAUCGCUCAUCCUAAGUCUACCUUCCGUGUGGAGUCCGAGUCAUGA